AUGCGCGCUCCGAGCCUCCAUCCCAAACACAUACAUUUUUCCCUGUACUUGGAAAGUCACCCAAAGCAGCUCAAGUGCAGAGCAAAGAGGCAUCACCACGUACAGGGAACCCAUCAGACUUGAGCUGCCUCUGAAGCACCCGAGGGGAGGCGUUUCUGGACCCUGAGCAUCCCUCCCAUAAGUCUGGUUUGGAAUGGAUUUCAAGUUCAGCAUCCUCCAGGCACAAGGAUGAAGUGACUCCACAGCUUUCAUUCAACGCAAACCAUUUGCGGAAUCUGAAUCCAGAAUCCUCAAAAGGUGGGAGAGCCUGCCAGGACCACAAAUGGCUGAAAGAAGUAUAUGCACUGACACAACCUCAGGAAACCCCAAGAUGGCUGCCAAGCGCAAAGGUGGCCUGAAAUUAAAUGCAAUUUGUGCCAAGCUCAGCCGUCAGGUAGUCGUUGAGCACAAAGCACCGGAGCAGGGACACGUCGACAAAGCUCCCCUUGGGUGGGAAAGCGCUGGCGGCGAGACGGCCGCCCCCAAGGACGUCGCCCAGGCUGUGGCCAAGGAGCCGGGCCCCAAAUUUUCGGAGGGGACAAAGAUCGAAGAGGACAAGCGGAGGGAAGUGAUCGAGAAGUGGGUCAACGGCGAGUACAGCGAAGACCCCUUGCUGGGGCGCAUUGAGAGCAAGGAACCCAAGGCCCCCGAGGGGACGGAGGUGCCCCCCGAGGGGGUCUACAUGGUGCAGCCAAAAGGUUGCAGCGAUGAUGAGGAGAACGGGGACGAAGCUGAACCCGCCAAGGACUCCCAAGAUGGCAGCUUCGUGGACGACCGAGAUUCCGAUGGGCCUCCCCUGAAGGACGAAAGCUUCCGGGCCUCCAACAGUGAAGCCAGCUCCAAGCUCAGCGGAGGAGCUUCUACAGGGGAGGCGUCUUCAUUGCGAGACUAUGCGGCUACCACCAUGACCGAGUUCCUGGGCAUGUUCGGCUACGAUGACCAGAACAUGCGGGAUGAGCUGGCACGGAAGAUUAGCUUUGAGAAACUGAAUGCUCCUACCUCAGAGACCAACCCAGCCGCCGUCGCCGGCGAGGAUGCCAUGAGCAAGCGAGCCCGUUUUUCCAAGUACGAAGAGUACAUCCGCAAGUUGAAGGCCGGGGAGCAGGUGCCGUGGCCCAUUCAUCCCGCCAAGGCCGAGGAGCUGAGCAGCAAACUCAACAAAGAGGGGCCCCUGAGUUUGGGGCCACCCAUCCGGUUGCCGGCCCCCGAACCGUCGCUCCUGCCCGAGACGAAGGCCACCAUUCUGCCGCUGCCUUCAUCCAGUGGCUCCCCCAUGCAAGGGCUGAUGUCGCGGGCUUCCAAGUACGAUUUCUUCAUCCAGAAACUCAAAACCGGAGAGACGCUCCGGCCGCAGAAUGGCAACACCUACAAGAAGACGUCCAAGUACGACUUGGAGAACGUCAAAUAUUUGCAUCUCUUCAAGCCCGGAGAAGGCAGCCCGGACAUGGGAGGAGCCAUCGCCUUCAAGACGGGCAAAGUGGGUCGCCCGUCGAAAUACGAUGUCAGGAACGUCCAGAAGAUUACCCCAGUGAAAGCGCCAGCCCCUAGCCUGGGUCCCAACCCUCUUGCCAGCACUCCCAGCAGCACCCCUGUAGCUGGCCCGGAACAACCUGUCUCUCUGCCCUUCAGCACUCCAGAGUACCUUAAAUCCACUUUCUCCAAGACAGAUUCCAUCACCACUGGAACAGUUUCCACUGUGAAGAAUGGAUUAACCACUGACAAACCAGCUGUCACCGAAGAUGUAAAUAUUUACCAGAAAUAUAUUGCCAGGUUUUCCGGCAGCCAGCACUGCGGGCAUAUCCACUGUGCGUACCAGUAUCGGGAGCAUUACCACUGCCUUGAUCCAGAGUGCAACUACCAGAGGUUCACCAGUAAGCAGGAUGUCAUCCGGCAUUACAACAUGCACAAGAAGCGGGACAACUCCUUGCAGCACGGCUUCAUGCGGUUCAGCCCCCUGGACGACUGCAGCGUCUACUAUCACGGUUGCCACCUCAAUGGGAAAAGCACACAUUACCACUGCAUGCAGGUGGGUUGCAACAAGGUCUACACCAGCACUUCCGACGUAAUGACCCACGAAAACUUCCACAAGAAGAACACGCAGCUGAUCAACGACGGCUUCCAGCGGUUCCGGGCCACGGAAGACUGCGGCACGGUGGACUGCCAGUUCUAUGGGCAGAAGACCACCCACUUCCACUGCAGGUGGGCACGGGGGCGAGAGGAAAAAAAGGUUCUCGCUGGGCGGCCCGGUUGCACCUUCACCUUCAAGAACAAGUGCGACAUCGAGAAGCACAAGAGCUACCACAUCAAGGACGACGCCUACGCCAAGGACGGCUUCAAGAAGUUCUACAAGUACGAGGAGUGCAAGUACGAGGGCUGCGUUUACAGCAAGGCCACCAACCACUUCCACUGCAUCCGCCCCGGCUGCGGCUUCACUUUCACCUCCACCAGCCAGAUGACCUCGCACAAGCGCAAACAUGAGCGCCGGCACAUCCGCAGCUCGGGCAUGCUGGGCUUGCCCGCCUCGCUGCUGGGCGCCAAGGAGAACGAGCAGGAGGAGUCCAGCAAUGACGACCUGAUCGACUUCUCUGCCAUGAGCUCCAAGAACUCCAGCCUGAGUGCCUCCCCCACCAGUCAGCAGUCUUCCGUCUCCCUGAUCGUGCCGGGCACCCCCUCCACCUCAGCCACAGAGCUGGCCGCCUCGCAAGCCACCAGCAAACCCGCCGGCAACAUACCCUCGGCUUCCAAGAUGCCCGUCCUGCUGUCUCAAGCUCUCCCAAGCAAUAUCCCUUUGGGCCUGGCGCUGCCCAACGCGGCUGUUCCGGGAACGGCCAGCUCUUACUUCCCCAUGCUCCCCGGCCGGGUCUCGGCCCAACUGCCCACCAGUUCCAGCAGUUUGCUAGCCGCUGGCACGCCGAGUACCAAUCCGGCGUCUUCCGCCGGUUCCCCUUCCCCGGCCCUCUCGGGUUCCGGCGAGGGGGCGGCCACCUCUUCACCGACUCCAGCGGCCUCCAUCAUGGAGAAGAUCUCGGCCAGCAAAGGGUUGAUUUCGCCCAUGAUGGCUCGGUUAGCGGCGGCGGCUCUGAAGUCCUCCAUGACAGAAGCAGGAAACGGGCAGCCCAUAACACCUGGACGGUUCAACCCAACGCAGGUGAAGUCCGAGGUGGCUGAGAAUCCUGGCUCGGGACCCACCGCAGCCCAGGACUCCUUGCAGGAGCACAGCUUGGACCUUAGAAUGAAAGAUCAUGGCAAUGAAUCAAAUGGCCACACAGUCUCGGCAAAUUCGUCUCUUUUAUCCUCGCUUAUGAAUAAGAUGUCCCAGAAUAACCCAAACCUGGGGAACCUCCUUGGCUUGAAGGGGGAGAGCGAUGGUGGGCACCUGUCAGCUGCGGGAGAUGCCACCCAGUAUCUGGGCAAGACCGUGAAGGCGCUCGUUCAGGAGAAGCUUGCAGAGCCCUGGAAGAUGUAUUUGCGCAGGUUUGGCACUAAGGAUUUCUGCGACGCCCAAUGCGACUUCCUUCACAAGAUGCAUUUCCACUGCGUGGUGGAAGAGUGCGGUGCGCUCUUCAGCACCGUGGAUGGAGCUGUGAAGCACGCCAAUUUCCACUUCCGAACAGAAGGAGGCGCCACGAAGGGAACCUCGGAGCACACCUUCCCGACUCCAGCAGAGAACAAGACCGCCAUCCCCCCUUCCUCUCCAUCCGCCACGUCCGCCCUUCUGGCCACUGCCUCGGCCACGGAGGGGCCCACCGCGUGUCCGGCUAGUGUGCCGUCCGCUCCCACGCUCCUGGCCUGGAAACAGCUGGCUUCUACCAUGUCUCAGCUUCCCGUCUCGGGGCCCGGGCUGGCCACCUCCCCGAUGGCCACCACUUCCCUGGAGAACGCCAAGCCACAGGUCAAGCCAGGCUUCCUCCAGUUCCAAGAGAACGAUCCUUGCCUGGCCACGGACUGCAAGUACGCCAACAAAUUCCACUUCCACUGUCUCUUUGGGAACUGCAAAUACGUGUGCAAAACCUCGGGGAAGGCCGAGUCCCACUGCCUCGACCACAUCAACCCCAACAACAACCUGGUGAACGUGCGGGAUCAGUUCGCUUAUUACUCCCUGCAGUGUCUCUGCCCAAACCAGCACUGUGAGUUCCGCAUGCGGGGGCAUUACCACUGCCUUCGCCCCGGCUGCUUCUUCGUGACCAACAUCACCACCAAGCUGCCGUGGCAUGUGAAGAAGCACGAGAAGGCUGAGCGGAGAGCCGCCAACGGUUUCAAGUACUUCACCAAGCGGGAAGAAUGCGGCAGGCUGGGCUGCAAAUACAACCAGGUCAACAGCCACUUCCACUGCAUCCGCGAGGGCUGCCAGUUCUCCUUUCUGCUGAAGCAUCAGAUGACGUCCCACGCCCGGAAGCACAUGAGGCGGAUGCUGGGGAAGAACUUUGACCGCGUUCCCACUCAGGUGGUGGGCCACACUGCUAGGAAGGACAGCCUCCCACAAGUAAGCAGCCUGGCCCCCAGCCCGGCUUCAUCAGGGAAUCCUGCCUCCUUUCAGGGAGCCCCCAGCUUGAUGGACCCCGAGACGGAGGAGUACCUGGAUUACACGGGAUGCAGCCCUGGCGCCAUCUCCUCAGAGUCAUCGAACAUGGACCGCAGCUGCUCCAGCACCCCGGUGGGCAACGAGAGCACCUCAGCAGGGAACACCAUCACCAUGCCAACGGCUGCGGGGGCCAAGAAGCGCUUCUGGAUCAUUGAGGACAUGUCCCCCUUUGGCAAGCGCCGCAAAACCCCCUCCUCCCGCAAGAUGCUGGACGAGGGGAUGAUGCUGGAGGGCUUUCGGCGCUACGACCUGUACGAGGACUGCAAAGACGCCAACUGCCAGUUCUCCCUCAAGGUCACGCACUACCACUGCACCCGGGAGAACUGCGGGUACAAAUUCUGCGGGCGCACCCACAUGUACAAGCACGCCCAGCAUCACGACCGGGUGGACAACCUGGUGCUGGACGACUUCAAGCGCUUCAAGUCCUCCCUCAGCUGCCACUUCCCCGACUGCCAGUUCUCCGGCAACAGCACGCACUUCCACUGCCUGCGCUGCGGUUUCCGCUGCACCGACAGCACCAAAGUGACGGCCCACCGCAAGCACCACGGCAAGCAGGACGUGAUCAGCGCCGCCGGCUUCUGCCAGUUCAGCUCCAGCGUGGACUGCGAAGUGCCCGAGUGCAAAUACAAACUCAAGUGCUCGCACUUCCACUGCACCUACCCCGGGUGCAAGCACACCGUGGUGGGCAUGUCGCAGAUGGACUCGCACAAGCGCAAGCACGAGAAGCAGGAGCGGGGGGAGCUGCCGGCCAUCUCUCCGGGGCCCGAGGGUCUCCCCGCCACCCCCAUGGAGUACGAGGCCCAGAGCGCUUCUGUCAACCUGGACAGCUCCCUCAACCUGAGCACAGACGCCAAGAGCUCCCUCUUCUUCCUGCAGAACGCAGCAGGCGUGGGGCUCAACGACUCCAUGGACCUCAGCCAGAAGCCCCUCGGGGACACAGGCAGCCUCCCUUCCGCCCCGGCAGAGAGCCAGGCCCCUGCCGCCAGCAAGCUCUUCCUGGCCAGCUGCGGCAACGUGGAAGAAGAGGAUGACUCCUCCCACGAUGACGAUGAUGAAGAGGAGGAAAUGAACGAGGAGGAGGAGGACGAGGAUGAGGAGGAGGACGACGACGAAGAGGAGGAGGACGAGGACGAGGAGGAAGAGGAUCUGAACACCGAUUCGGAAGAGUCGCUCCCCGACGCGGAGGGCCUGCCUGCAAAAGACAUUAGUGAACUGCAGGAGGCCGUUUCCUCCACCGCGGAUCCCAGUGACACUUCCAUGCCUUCCGGCGAGCCAGCCUCAGCUCCUUAAGGAGCAGCCACACAGCAGCGGUGGGCCUGGGGGGGUUUGGCCUUGGCGAGCGGAGAAAGCAAAAAAAAACAAAAAACACAAAACCACACAAAACAAAACUGCAUGAACAGGAAACCGUGCUGUGUUGAGAGGGGAGAGGCAAGAACGAAUGCUAGAAUGGCCAGCAAGCAGCAAAACGGACUCCAUCCCAGAAGGUGCGCGAGAGGCGGAGGGAAGCACUGAUCUCUCGGACCACACGCGACACGGAGACACGAUGGAGCCGGAGAGGCGGAAGCAGCAGCAGCGGCAGCAGCGGCAGGAGCAACAUCCUGGGGAUAGGGUGGGCUGGGGUGGGGGCAGCAGGAGGACCCAUCUGUUGGGGUGCACAUGUUUACAGGGGGGGGCAGGAGGAGGAGCACGGUGGUCCCGUGAUGCAGGCGGACUGACCCUCCCGCUUCUGGAUGGAUGUGCUCCCCGUGGCAGGAAGCGGCCUGCCCCUUCCGAGCCCACUUCGCUCCGCGGAGGCGGGAAGGCGGGACGGGUUUUUAUUUUAACCCUUCGACUCCAGUGUGUGUUCAUUUGUCCUCUAAUACUCCUCCCAUUCUCAGGGAGACGGGGGUGG